AUGCCCCGAGCUCUGCUCCUGCUCCUCCUCCUCGCUCCCGGGACCAGCGCCCUCGGGAGCGUCCCCGCCGCACCGGGGGACGAUGCCGGAGCGGCGGCGCGGGCACUGCUGGCAGAGCUGGCGGAGCAGAUCCCACCGCGGGCACUGCCGGGGGUCUCCUGCCAGGAUGUGCUCCCCGAAGCCCUGCCCCGCUUUGCCGGGCUCCCGCCCGCCCCCCGCGCCCUGGUCCGUGCCACCAUGGCGCUGGCACUGAGCGGAGCUGCCUGCGGGGCCGAGGCUGAGACCGAGGUCCUGAAGCUGUUCCAGGAGCUGGGUGCCCCCAAGGCCGUGGCACUGCUGCGGGGACUGGCACGGCUGCAGGCUGCCCCGACCCCCCAGCCCUUCGCCAGCCUCCUCCUCAGCCUGGCGAGAGCUGGGGGCUCUGUCCCAGCGUGGCUGUGCGCGGCACCCACCCGGCUGCGGGCACCCAUGGCUGGCACCAACCCCAGCCUGCUUGGGGUGCCAACCACGGGGCACUCAGCCGAGGGGAUCCAGGGCAGGGUCCCCCGUGCCUGGCUGGCCGCUUGCCGCCACGCCCAGCGGCACCGCUCCCGCCGGCGGCGGGAGGAGGACGAUGCCUGCGACCCACCGGGCGAGCGGCAGGCCCACGAGGUGCUGGAGUGGGUGCCAGGCGUCAGCAUCUUCUACAACCUGGGCACCAGCCUCUACUACGCCUUCCAGGGAUGCCAGGCGGUGGCCUCCACCCGGGCGCUGGAGGCGGCCGAGGACCUGGGUUACACCGGGCUGGCCGCCGUCACCGGUGCCAUCGGGGGCCCCGUGGCGCUGGGGGUGCAGCUGGGGAUGCAGCCGGGGCUGAAGGCCGGCGUGCGGGCACUCAUCCACUACCUCACCUCGUCCGGGGACCCCCCACCCGUGCCCACCGCCCACAGCGGCUCCGUCCUUUUCAUUGAAUAAAGGUCGCCUGUGGUGUCCCUGGCACCGGCCGGAUCUGUGCUGGGUCACCCUGCCCUGGGACAAAGGGACCUU